AGGCGGAGAGCAUGGAUGCUGCUAUCAAGAAAGAAUCCUUUAUCAGUGGGCUAAAACAAUUUGUGGAUGUGUGUCAAAAUGACCUCAACAACAUUCUUCAGGGUAUAGGAUGGACAGCAGAGAAUAUUUUGGAGCAUGACAAUCGAGGUCUUUGUCCACAUGACAGUAACCAUGUGAUGCCAGCUGCCAGUCUAGACAAACAUGCAGCCAUAUGUCCGCUGUUGAAGAAAGGCUACACAAAGGAGGAAGCAAUUCAACAGAGAGAAAGUAGCCGAUUUUUCUAUGAAGGCCAGGAAGCCAGUGUGCCAACCGUGAAAAUUGACCAGGAACUGACAAACAAGAUUCUCUGGGAUCAUCAUGUGAAGAACCGAUCAAUAUUUUAUGGCCAGAAAGAUGAAUGUUUGACGAGAGACAAUCAAGAGGUUCGACUGACUGCCUCAGAAAGAGCCGCCAUUUACGAACAUGUUGUGUCGAAAGCAAAGGAGGAGCGUGAAUUCAUGCCACUUGAUGAUGAAUUUCUCACUAUGAAUCUGGAAGAAUUUGUCAAGAAAAAAAUAACAGGAAAGGAUGGCUCCACUGGCAACAAUCCGUCGAACUACUUAGAAUACAUCAAAACUGAACGAGACUAUAAACGUCGUCGACAGACAUACAGAGCCAAGAAUGUCUACACUACAAAGAAAUCCUAUACUGAGGUUAUAAGAGAUGUUAUAGAAAACCAGACAGAUCUUUUUGCAUCCUUCAUGAAUUUAGAAAGUCGAAGAAAUACAGAAAAAGAAGACACGGAAGAAAUCUCGAAAGGACAAAGCUCGGAUCGAAUUGGUGUUGAAACUGAGGAAUUAUUGAUGGACAGAAAGAAAAAUUAUUCAUCCUCAAGAGAUAGAUCUAGAGAAAGAAGUGUAGUUAGGUCUAAAGAAAGAAAGUUUGACAGAUCAGGAGAACGAGAAAGUCGUCGGCAAAGGAAUUCAGAUUAUAUUGACAGUAGAUCUGAUGAGAGAAUUAGGGAAAGGGGUGCUGAGCAAUCUCUGGAAAGGGACAAUUUAGGAGAUAUUGACCAACGAGAUGAGGAAAGGGAAAAGGGGAGGAAAAGGUCAAUGUCAUUGUCAGAAGGCAGUGAGAGCGAUACCAGCAAACGACACAAGAAACAUCACAAGAAACAUAAGCAUAAACACAAACAUAAACAUAAGUCAAAAUAGGUCAAAUAAGGUCACAGUGUUAUUCAUCAUAGUAGGUCACCUAAGGUCACAGUAUCAUACUUACAGUAGAUCCUGUAAGGUCAUAGAAAAAUGAUCAAAGCUACAAAUUUAUUGUAGGUUCCAUACAGUCGAAGUAAAAUACAAAAAGUAGAUAAACAAGAAGGUCGUUAAAGGGUCACACGGUCAUAGGAUAGGGUCACAGAAAAAUGGAAUAAGCCAGGUGACAUUUGGUCGCUGUCAAAGUGGAUAAAAUUCUGUUAAUGGUUAUUACGUACGGUCAAGUUGCACUAAAGUAUAUGCUGUAUUUCAUUUUUCAUCUCUCUGUGCAGUAUAUUGGUCGGAUUAUAUAUCUCAUUCAUUUGCCAUGUGAUUACAAUACUUAACAUUUGUAUCAUGUUUGUUAUUAGGGAUUUACAUCCUCGCAACAGCUAAGGUCGUAGGAGUGGUGUCUGGAUGAUAAUUGAGGUCACUGACAUACACUUAUAUAUUGGUAUCACACUGAAAUGCCAUUCAUCGGCACAGGGACCUGACAAAAAUUCACAAUUCUUGUUCCCGUGCAUUUCCGUCCGGACUGUGAGUUUUCCGGACUAUCGGCGUCCGGAUUAUCGCGGGUCCACUGUAUAUAUAUAUAUAUAAGAGCAUGUUCUAUCAGUCACAUUACACAAUGAGAUAAUAUGAAAUCGUGAUGAACACAUUCAUUUUAUACGAUUGCACGAUUUAAUGUAUUGUGACGAAACUGCAUCCGAGGUAUACUUCAUGUAUUGAUAAGCGAAUUUUUAUUAAGCAUAUGAAAAAAUGUAAUUGCUGUAAUUAAAUAUACACCAAUAUUAUGUAUUGCUACAUGUAUGCAUAUGCAUGGAAGAAAAUAAAAAAAUUCCAAAACAAAAAAAAACUAUCUACACUAUUGACAAUAGGGAUACUGAAUAUACCUACCUAACUAUCUACACUAUUGACAACAGGGAUUCUGAAUACAACUACCUAAAUAUCUACACUAUUGACAACAGGGAUUCUGAAUACAACUAUCUACAAUAUUGACAACAAGAAUACUGAAUACAACUACCUAAAUAUCUACACUAUUGACAACAGGAAUUCUGAAUACAACUACCUAAAUAUUUACACUAUUGACAACAGGAAUUCUGAAUAUACCUACAUGUACCUAACUAUCUACACUAUUGACAACAGGAAUUCUGAAUACAACUACCUAACUAUCUACACCAUUGACAACAAGAAUUCUGAAUACAACUACCUUACUAUCUACACUAUUGACAACAGGAAUUCUGAAUACAACUACCUAACUAUCUACACCAUUGACAACAGGUAUUCUGAAUACAACUACCUAACUAUCUACACCAUUGACAACAGGAAUUCUGAAUACAACUACAUAACUAUCUACACCAUUGACAACAAGAAUUCUGAAUACAACUAUUUACACUAUUGACAACAGGAAUACUGAAUACAACUACCUAACUAUAUACACUAUUGACAACAGGAAUUCUGAAUACUACUACUUAACCUCUAUGUAUUACCCUUAGUACAAUAUAAAGUUCUGCUAUAACAUUGUAAUACCACUCGGGCAGACAAGAAUGAGUAGCAAUUUAUUUGGUGGUUAUAUGACCACUGCGCUACUAUCUACACUAUUGCCAACAGGAAUUCCAUUAUCUACUAGCAUGUGUGUAUAUCUUUAACUACACAUACAGUUUGUCAGACUACUACUCCCAGUGCUCUCUUAUGUAUAAGGUUCAGAGCUUACAAUAUAUUAGGAAGGGUAUGAAGUUCAUGGAAUAGAUUGGAUUGGGAAGGGUUAAAGGUCCAUAGCAUACAUUGUAUGGGAAAGUGUAUGAAGUCCACAUGGUAAUUAUAAAGUUCAUAGGGUACAUUGUAUUGGUAAGGGUAAGCAGUUCAUCAGGAUCAUUGUAUUGGGAAGUGUAUGAAUUUAAUAGGGUACAUUAUAUUGGUAUUAGGAAAGGUGUACAGUUCAUACAGGAAAUUGUAAUGGAAAGAGUA